GUGGAAGGAAAAUCGGCGGCAGGAUCCGAAAACUUGGACGAUGUUGCUUUGGGAGGAAUUCCCUCGCUGGAUUUCCGCCCAGUUCUCGAGUUAUUCGCGCCCACGGGCGACACGCUGCAGAUAUCUCCUUGCGAAGAGUGCGGGGGUACGAUGGAGAUUGUCCACUGUGACGAAAAAGAGGUAGUCAAGCUUAGGCGUCAGCUUGAGACAACUCGAGGGGAGCUGAUGGAGAGUGGGAAAGCGCUAGGCAACAGUAAAGCCAUCGUGGAGACCUACCGAGCGAAGGCCGAAACCGCAUCAUCGGAAUUCUCGGAGAUUAACAAUAUGCUACUGCGAGAGAUCAAGAUGCUCAAGGAAAAGCUGGCGAAUGCAGGGCCAGAGGUAGUGGCCAAGAUCUCGGAAGAGAGAGACAAAGCAGAAUCGCGCGUGAGAUCGGCCAACCGGACGGUGUCGGAUCUGGAAAGCGUCGUGGUGGAACUGCAGGCCCAAGUACAGCGAGACGCAGACGACAACUUAAAGGUAGAAGAGAUGGAGCACCACUUGCUGGAGGCUUCAAAAGAAACAAAAGCCAUGGCAUUCGAGAGGGAAUCGCACGCUUCCGCUGCAGACGAGUUGCGAGCGACGGUGGCGUCGCUCAACACCGACCUUCAACAAGCGAACGAUAAGAACGCCAAGCUGUUAAAAGAUUUCGAGGAUCAUGAAGAGAACAGCAAACGUUCGAUCGUAAAGGAUGCUGCAAGCGCUGAUGGGUCGUUUUUUGCGGAUUUCAACGGCAAACCUGAGGUCGUAGCACCGCCGUCAGAGAAGAGCGACAAGAUGUUGGUCUUGGAACUAACUGAAGGGCUCAGGCGAAAGGAAGAAGAACUCGAAUAUUGGCGAGCUAAGGUGGAGGAGCAGAACGAGGAGAGGGACAGGGCGGUCGACAAAGAAUUGAUGGAACGGGAGCUGGAUGCUGCCAGGAAGCAAGCGGCUGCAGCUAGAUCGACAGUCGAGGUGCUGCACACAGCUUCCGGGGGUAUCGUCCUAAAGGGCAAGAGAGACAACAAGAAGCUUCUCAAGAUGUGGAACGACGCUAGAGCACGCUUGCAGGAGGCGGAGGGGACCAACCGGAGCGGCGACGGCAGCAUUCUCUCUCUGCCUAUCAUCGUCAGUAAAGUAGCGACGGAGGAACAUGCGCCUCCAGAGGAAGUCAAGGAAUCUGCUGCCAAUCUGCGCUCUGGAAAACGCGCGCGCCGCUCGACGAGAAAAGGUGGGCGCGUAUCAAUGAGAAAAGUGUCCAACAACAGCGUUGACACGUCCGACAGCAACGCCGCCUCCUCGCCGCCAAGCCCAUCCACCCCGAGUGCCACGUUGGACUCAAGUGAAGCAGUUGCAGCUGACACAGCCGAUAGUUCGGACGAAGACGACGCCGAGGGCGUGAUGGCUGUUGCCAUUUCGUACCUCGAGGAGGACUGCCGCCGACUUGGAGUGGCGAAAGGAGAGCUGCAAGGAUAUUGCAACAACCUGCAGAUCCAAUUGAAAAGCGUACAAGAGAGUCUUGCGAAGAUGCAGAGCAGCCUUGAGAGCGAAAGGCAAGGAAAAGAAGAAGCCGAACGAGGAUUGGAGGAACGCCGCGAGUUACUUUCCAAAGCAACUUUAGCCGUUGCGGAGCAUUCUAUGGCUCUACACGACGCUCAAGAAGGCACGGAUAAGGUCAAGCAGGAACUCGAACAGGAAAGGACCGCCACGGCUCAACUUGGACUGCAGCUCAAAGAGAUGGGUACGGUGAACGGCGUUCUGGAGGCGGGACUAGUGGCGACAAAACACUCCCUCGAGAUCAUGACCACCGCCAAAGGCGAGGCAGAAGCAGCCGCAGAGCGCAACGCCUCCCAGGCCAAGCACAAUGCUCUGCGCGCAGAGGGCAAUGCAUCCUGGGCCGAAGCAGAGGGCAUGCGUGCCGAGGAGGAGUCAUCACGACGUUUCCUGUCCGACGUGGUUGCAGCCGAGAGGGUGGAUUUCAUACGGGCGUUCCUCGUCUUCUGCACCGCACUUAGUCCCGGUGCGGUAUUCGUCGAUGCACAGAUAGCUUUUCUUGGCGUGGAGCUGAGCAAGUGCGUAAACGAAUUGAAACGACGGAGACUCGAGGCCAAGGAGCACGCGGAACAAAUGAAGGAAUUUUGGCAGGUCGUCGCCGAGAGAGCGAGGCUGGAGGAAGAGGUUGCUUCGCAGCGAGAUACAAUUUUGGACAUGCGGCAAAGAACUGCAAAGGACCAAACGAUGAUCGAGGAGUUGAAGUUGCAGGUAGUGUUGCUGGACGGGAUGCGAAAAGAGGUCUUGAGUCUCGAAGACAAAUUGGAACGGCUUCAAGUGGAGCUGAGUGCAACCAGGACUUCACUGGAAGCAUCGAACCAGCAGCGCAAGGUGACCGAACAAGAUCUGCGUGCAAACAUCAAGCUGAAUCGUUCCCUGUGGGCGGCCUUGACCUCCUCCGUGUUCCUGCUGGACGACUGGUGUGCGGGGCCCUUGUUGGCCUGGAGGGAAAGAGACCCGGCGGCGGAACCACCAGCCAUGCCGAAGCCUCCGCUUGAAGCCCGUGCUGUGGAAGACAUAGUGAAACUCAGGAGACAGAGUCCGGGUGGUGCCGACGCCACUCGUUCGAGUCUCACGUCACCGCCUCUUCCCACAGAAGAAGCAGGGGUAUCGGCAGGAGCACCUGCCACGACCAUGUCAAUACAGGACAGGCUUGAAGGACAGCGACCCAGAGCCGUGGCCGCCUGGCUUCGAUUUCGGGUCCAAAUCGCUACCGUGGAGCACCAAGACCGAGUCGACAGCGCACGCUCAGAUCAAGUGCUUCUAGAUUCCGUCUGUAAACAAAGGGCCGCACAAAUAUCGAACAUGGAAGAGGCUAUGCGGAGGCUAGAGGCCACGAGGGCGGCAUUGCAGAAGGAGCACGACGAGCUUCUCGUUGAGAAGGAAGAGCUGCACGAGACGGUGUUGAAGCAGAACGACGUUUUAUUCGACAACAGCAAGGAGCUGCGCAAGUACUCAGCGCUAAAGGUUGAGCACGCUGCUGAAGUUAGGCAGCACAGGAAGGUGGCGAGGUGUCUGCAGGAAGCAGAGGGGAAUAUCAGACGCGUCAACAUCAGGCUUGAGAGAGCCAUUGGGGACGCGGCCGUGGCGGCCAGCUUGGCGAAGGAAGCAGAAUCUGUGCGGGCUAGCGCUGUGGAGGAGCGCAAGGCUGCCGUCGUGGAGGCUCAGACAAUCAGAGACACUAUGGAGGGAGAAAGAGCAAGCGCAAGCCGUGGAAAAGCAGUUGCAUGACUUGGUGGAGGCCAACGUAACCCGGCUGGCGACGAACACGGCGGUCGCGACAGAGAUACUGUACGGUGACUUCACCCACGAAGCAGGCACCAUGACAACGUUUGUCAGUCCCGAGCUCACCAUGCGUCAGCUCAGGCGGCUCCCGGCCGCCCGAGGCCUUGCUCCCGAAAGUUACGGACGUGUCUACUCACGCCUCAAAGACCCCGGACCCUGGGAGGACUUGCGGCACAAGCGGUCGGGGUGUGUUCGCCCUUAUCACGUGUGCGACCAACCGGUGCGCGAGAGCGGGAAAACGUGGAAGCA